AUGGGCAGCGAGAGCGACAUGCGACGCCACUCGUUGCUUGAUUCUCUCGCUACACCUGCCCCCAAGCCGCCACCCUUCUCGACCGGGUCCGCCGCCGAGCCAUCCGCCCUCUCGUCAGUCGCCGAGGACGCGACCUCUCCGAGCGCACCCCCGUCGUCGUCGGCCGGCCUGCCCCGGGAUAGCAUCUCGGUGGCAUCGACCCACGAUGUUCCCUCGAUCGUUGAGCCCUCCGGUGCCCCCGGCCCAGCCUCUCUGACCGGCUCCGACUACUCACACAAGCACCGCCGCUUCUCUAUGCUGAGGUUUCGUAAUGCGUCUGACUCUCAGCUGGCAGCAAAGGCCAAACUUCACGCCGCGGCAGAGAAACCUCCGCCGGUACCACGCCCCCCGGAAAUUAUCACGACCGCCCCAACUUUCCAGCCCAAUGUCCCUCGAAAAAAGACUUCUCGUAUUAACUUUGGUCGACUGCGCCGCUCAGGCGAGCUCCCCAGGACAGACGAGGCGAACGAAGCGAGCACUCAGAGUUACGACCGAUUCCCCAGAGUCCCCGAGCACAGCGUAUCGUUUGAAGAAACGAAGCGGCCCAUGUCGUCGAAUACCCAUGGCCCGCCGGCUUACGGGGAUGAAAAUUCCUCAUCGUUAGCGCUCCCCCACAAUAGAUUGUCCGAAUCUUCCAGGUCGGAUGCUAGCUCUGGGGAUAGGGUUUAUGGGAGCACGACGACAACUACCCACACAGUCCAGACAACAACAACGUUUUUUAGGCUUCCGCGGAGGAAACCCAAGCAACCGGAACCCCUGUUUCCUAUUGCUCACCUUAAGCCGAAGUCCAAAGGUCCGUCCACGGAAGACUCGAAUCUAUCAAGCUCCUCGGCAAUCACCUCAAUUGCUGGGUCACCCGGCCGCUCCAACUCCAAUGCCUCCCGCGGUAGCCAAUUCACCCCAACACCAUCAAGGGCCCCAUCGAGAAACGGUAUGGCUACGCCGCCACCACCAAAUCAAGCCGUUGCAGCCUUAUCGCGACCCUCUGCGUCCCCGGCAACCGCGCUUUUCCGUCCAAGUUCGAGGCAAUCAGGGCAAUCCUCUCCAACUCGGAGCUACAUUCAUAGGCGGGGUAGGUCCUCGACUAUGAGCUCUCUCGGCAGGAACUCUCCGCGGGACUCUGUAGACGACCACUUGGCCCCUCCAACCUCGAGGACAUCCAUCUCGACCGGCCGCAAGAGCUUUGGAGACCUCCUUGGUCUUGGCCGGUUGAGGCAGAACCAGGACAUGGCGCCAUCACGACAGGGAACGUUGACGCCCAUGACUCCUGGCUCCAGCGCCUCGAAAAACAAUUCCUUCCAGCUACCCCGUGGGUCUGUCACCCUACCGGAACGCCAGGAUGACGAUACGCCGGCAAAGUACCUCGAACGUCUUCUGGAAGUUGUCAGUCGGAGUGUAGUAGCUGCAGCACUCUCUAAGAAGACGGACCCGUUUUCCUUGUCAGUGUUGCGGAGUUACAUGCGUGGGUUCCGCUUCUUUGGAGACCCCAUGGAUAUGGCGUUGCGGAAACUUUUGAUGGAGGCCGAGCUGCCCAAGGAAACACAACAAAUUGACCGUUUCUUGCAAGCGUUUGCCAACCGAUAUCACGAAUGCAACCCGGGCAUCUACUCCUCCCCAGACCAGGCGUACUUCAUCGCAUUUUCCCUCCUUAUUCUGCACACCGAUGUGUUCAACAAAAAUAACAAACACAAGAUGCAGAAGGCCGAUUAUCUCAAGAACACAAACGGCGAGGGGAUCUUUGACGAGAUUCUCGAAGUGUUCUACGACAAUAUCACAUACACCCCCUUCAUCCACGUGGAAGACGAUUUGGACAUCAACGGCGACCGCAUCCUGUCCCAAAAGGCUCGCAAAAAAUCGAUAUUCCCCGGCGCCGCCCCAGACCCUGCGAAGCGAGUUUCCAAGGAGCCCGUUGAUCCCUAUACGUUGAUCAUCGACAGUCGGUUAGACCUGCUACGGCCCAACCUCAAAGAGGUGAUGCAGACGGAGGAUCCAUACGGCUACCUCGGGACCGCGAAAUGCCUGAACAUGAAGGAGUUGCAAAGAACGUUUUUCAAGACGGGUGUUUUGCAAAUAGUGUCAGCCAGAUCUCGUCCAGAUGCCUUCAUGACGGAAAAGACAGUUACGAAUCCGGAAGAAGCGCACCCCGGCAUUGUGGACAUCAAAAUCACCAAGGUCGGCCUGUUGUGGCGGAAGGAUGCGAAGAAGAAGAAGACGAGAUCACCAUGGCAGGAAUGGGGGGCUAUCCUAACGGGUGCUCAGCUCUAUUUCUUCCGCAACACGACAUGGAUCAAGCAGUUAAUGCACCAGCAAAAAGACCACCUUAAGAAGGGUCAUGAUGGUGAUCCGUGUAUUUUCAAACCGCCCCUGGAACACUUCAAGCCUGAUGCCUUGAUGUCAACAGAAGGCGCAGUUGCGUUGUUGGAUUCGUCCUAUAACAAGCACAAAAAUGCUUUUGUUUACGUCAGGCAUGGCGGGUUAGAGGAGGUGCUUCUCGCCGAAGACGACGAGGACAUGAAUGAUUGGAUCGCUAAGCUCAACUACGCUGCCGCCUUCAGGACAUCAGGGGUCCGGAUGCGGGGCGUAAUCGGGGGCAAUUAUGACGGGCAAAAUCGGCGCGCGAUCCGGGGAUCCGGCAGUGAUGUUCAGGUAAUUCAAACCCCGACGGGUGAGGUGACAGUGACGCGGAGCCGCAUCGAUCACCAGAUGGCGCAAGACAUCUUGUCAGCACGGCGGGAUUUUAUGCGCCAAAAGAUCAUCGACGCCGACGAGAAGCUGAAGGAGGUCGAAUUGACAUUGGAAUCGCAACUUCGCAACUCGAGGCACCUGCAAAUACUCGCGCCAAUAUCGCCCAAAACACGAGAGCACAUGCUGCUGGCUGCGGCGCGGAUGGCGGCCCAGCUCAAGUGGACACGAAUGGAGAUCUGGAAGCUCAAGUGCCACCGCGAUGUUCUGCAGCUGGAUAUGGAGGAAGAGCGCCAGCUCCUCGGCCUUCCUUCAGACGCGGACGGGGAGUCGGUGGCCAAAACGCUCACCAGGGAACCGUCUAAGGUCAGCCACACGGCUGAUUCCCAUACAGGCUCACCUCCAGCGCAGCUCCCGCUGAGGCGGCCGUCCACCAUGACUGCCAGAUCAGAUGACAAUGCUUCACCAGUAACAGAGGUGUUCCAAACACCACCCACCACCGCGGCUGCGAGCAGGGAAGAGCUAUGGGGUGUGCCCGGCGAGGGAGCCGGCCAAGCUGAAGCGAAGAAGCCAUCGGCUUCGGCGACGGAUCUCGCCGAGGUGUCAACACCCACGCCCGCAGCUGCGCCGGCAACGCCGCAAAAGGGCGAGAAUGCAUCACCCGCUUCUCCCGGGAAGCGUGGAUACGGGCAAUCUGACGAAAUGGAUGAUGCUGAUGAGCGGGAGUUGCUGGAACAGGCUGGGUUGCUCGAACCCGAGAUAUCUCGUUCGUCGGAUCCUAGGAGCGCCCACGGCUUCGUGGACGCAGAGGAGAGCCCCGACCACCGCGACCGAUCUUCCAGCGGUACCCCAGGAGACCGGAGCGAACGGAGUAAGAUUCGCCGCAGCCUGCAGCGCACUCUUAGGGAGGGCGCGGGUCACAUCGGUAGCCAUCGGCACCGCAGAGCUAAAGACUCGACGUCGAACGCUACCCUGUCGGAUGAUGGCAAUCGUGAGGCUCCCGAUGUCCUCCCGCGGGGCACCGGCUCGUUUGUAGUGCACGGCAAGAAAGCCUCGGUGAUCACUUUUGGGAAUGAGCUGCAGAUGCAGAGUCUUGCAUCGGAUGAACGUCUGCGUCAGCGGCUGCAGCGGGAAGACUCAACUAGCAUCCGCACCGGUGCUGGGUCUGCCGAAAACAAUGAUUUCCACUCCAUUCUGUCUGCCCAAUCGGCUACUCAAGGCCGCGAACGCCGCAGCUCGGCCGCCAGUGCUAGCACUGCCACGGCAAGGAGCUUCAGGGACUUGCACAGGAAGUACUCCUCCGCUCAGGCAGCGAACCGACACUUUGGAGGCAACCUUGCCCUGCCAUCUGACGAGGACAGCGAUGCUGCGAUCAGCUUCUCCGAUGGCCGCCGCACCCCUUUGCCGCCUAUUGAGGGUGAGGAAGGCCCGGGGCCUCAGCCGGAAUUGGAACGGGCACAGCUAGAGGGAAACAACACCAACGGCGACUCGGAUGGGGUCGAAUACUUGGAGCUUAGCCCCCCGCCCAGCCGUGAGGGCCGCGGGACCAUGUUCUUCACCCCCGAGCCGCCUUCGUCACCUGUCGCGGAAACGGCGAACGACGGGGAGUCCACACAUGUCGAGGCGACUGAGAGCAGCGACCGACUCCCGAGUCCACCGCUACAGGCCGUCGGUGCUUAG